AUGCGUCUUUCCAUCUACGGUCUCACACUUAUAAGUGCUCUGAGCACUCCUACACUUGCGGAUUUCAAUGGACCAACCUAUCCUCCUCCACGCGACCUAACGAGCGACAACAGUCUAGUCCGCGCAGCAUGGCAAAACCUCACCAACACUCUUGACCUUUACCUCAAUGGCAACAACACUCCGCCGGAAGCUGCUACCUUGAAGGAGGUUACAUGGUCAGCUGGCCUCUUCUCCAUCCACGACCCGGAAGCGUCCCAGCUACAGUAUCACCACACCUCAGCUCAGAUCAAGAAACUUCGCAACGGAACGAACGAUGUCGACGGCGACACAAUCUAUCGCGUAGCUUCUGUCUCUAAGCUUUUCACCGUCCUCGUCGGUCUCCUGGAACUGAGCGAAGAGCAAUGGAACCGCCCACUCAGCAAGAUCAUCCCGGGUCUUGGUGCAAACGAGACGUCCGGAAAGUAUGACCCGGUCUACUCGACGCCAUGGGACAAGAUCACGCCUUGGUCGCUAGCCAACCAAAUCAGCGGUGUCGCCAGACAAGGCCUCCCAGCUCUCGACCUCCUUGUCUCAAGCGAGGCGUUUGGUGUUGAUCCUACGACUCUCGGCUUCCCGCCGCUCCCUUUGAGUGUCGUGGGACCGUGUGUCACCGGUAGUUGCGACGAAGCUCAGUUCAUCGAAAGCGCCCGGUCACAGCCGCCCAUGUUCGUCGGGCCCUGGACGACUCCGAGUUACACGAAUAAUGGAUUUGUACUGCUAGGACUCGCGAUCAAGCACCUCCUGGGGAAGCGCACUGUUUCCCUAUACGAGGACUUGAUUUUCGGACCUCUCGGCAUGUCCUCGUCCAGCGCAUUCUCUCCGACUGAAUCUGCGAAGCUUGCCAGGUCUGUGAUUUUGGAGGGAUUUGAUCUAGAUUUUGAUCUUACAGUACCAUCUGGUGGUCUUCUCUCGACAAUCAACGACCUUGCAAAGUUCGGCACGGCUUUGCUAAAUGCUACGUUGCUGGAAGCAGAGGCAACGAGGAAGUGGAUGAAGCCGAGCAGCCAUACCGCUUCGCUCACAGCGUCAGUUGGGGCGCCCUGGGAGAUUUACCGCUACAUUCAUCCGGAUACAGGCAAGGUAACAGACCUUUACACUAAGAGUGGAGACUCGGGAAACUAUGGCGGCAACCUGGUCCUCAUACCCGACUACAACGCCGGCUUCAGCUUUCUAGACGGCUAUCAAGGCGCCAGCAUCAUCGACAGCACCACUCGAAGCACCGCCCAGAACGUCGCGCUCGACUACAUUAUUAACGCUGUCCUGCCAGCCCUGGAGGCCCAAGCCGCCACCGAAGCAAUGCUGAACUUUUUCGGCACCUACAAGUCCAAUGACCCUGAGCUCGACUCCACAGUUGUCAUCUCGUUUAACAACACCAAUGCCACAGCCGUCCCAGCCAACGGGCUGACUCUUGAGAAGUGGAUCUCAAAUGGCACCGAUGUGCUAGCGGGGUGGUUUGAGUCGACGAAACCACGUCUGCUUCCCUCCAUUCCCAUGGGCGUCGACGGCGGUUUGGUGCAGGGACAAGUGGCGUUCCAGGCCACUGCCAACCCGCAGACAUCGACGUACACGGAUCCUGAAGCUGCGAAGAAGGUCGGUGUGAUUGGGCCGUUUACAGGGCAGGGUGCGAAUUUCGACUGGCUGACUGCUGGUGGGACAUUUUAUGGGAAUAUGGGGAUACAGGAGUUUGUGUUUGAUGUUGAUGAGCAGGGCAGAGCAACGUGCGUAAGACCGGCUGUGAUGAGGAAGACGCUGCAACGGAGGUCUUGA